UCCGAUCUGGUGGAAUAUCUCGACUAUGAGCAAUUGAUCGUCACGAGAACCCACGUCACCCCAUCGUUCCCGUUCAUCCGCCCACUCACCCCCAAGCGUACCUGCACGAUAUCACACUGCCUCCAUCCGGAACUCGCCUCGCAGCUCUGUUUAUUGUCCACCGCCUCGGUCGCUUCUGGUCCCUUUUAUACAACGCCACACAACGCCUCUUACUCUUCCUCUCAUAUACUUCCCAUUCCAAUCUCAACUACUUUUCUAUUCUAACCAUACUAGCAUCGUAUGGUCUUUGUGCUUGGUGCGCUUGAUCAAUUGAUCACAGCUUUCACAUCAUGUCCUCCACCCCAGAUAUCGACCCAUAUGUGGUGUUGGGGGUCCAGAAAGAUGCGACGCUCGCUGAUAUCAAGUCCGCUCAUCGCAAACUCGUGCUGAAGUGCCAUCCCGACAAAAUCAAGGACGAGAGCCAACGAAGUAAGGCUCAGGACGAGUUUCAAAAAGUCCAACAAGCCUACGAACUUCUUUCCGACGAGACGAGGAGGGCCAAAUAUGACAACAAGGUUCGCCUUGCCGAGCUUCGACGGGAGAUGCUGGCGCGUGGCGGGAAUCCCGACGGAUCGUCUUCGCGAAGCAACGGCACGGGUUCCAGCGGUGCCCGUGAAUAUCGCAAUGGACGGGUUUACGAGGAAAGAACCCCGGCCGACGCCACAAACUACUACGAUGACGAUGCCCUAUACACCGAUGGGACGCGACCAACAACUCGCAAGUAUGAUGAUUAUGGCAAGCGACGAGCUAAGGUGGCGGAAGAGAAGAAGAAGACCAAGAGUGUCCCUCUGAGUGCUGCGCGCGCCGCAAAGGAAAUGCUACGGGACAACGUCAAGUCGACCCACUCAUCUCGCGACAAGUACCGUACCAAGGAACGUAAGCGGGAUGCCUACGACAAGAAGUAUCCUGAACGGGCCGCCCCGUACAGCGAAUCCGAAGAUGACGGUGCCGCCUCCGAUUCCAGCGCUUCCUCAUAUUACGUGCGAGUCACACGACCCUCCGAAUCGAAGCGAAAUCGGGAGUCUUCCACACGCAAAGCUCGACCCAUGGAGUCAGCCCGCCGCCCCGAGCCUGCACGUUACGAAUCGCAAGAGUACUCAGAUCUGCUGGAGUCAAAGCAUGAAAAGAUGCAUACUACCGCACGGGAUUACAUCCUGCGGUCGAAGGGAACCGUUCCCAUCGAAAUUGAUCGACGGGCAAGGGCCUCCCGGUCGCCUCCUCGGCCUCAUGCUUACGAUUCAGCCGACCCCGAGUCCUCUUCAUCCCGGCGCUCGAAUCGAUCCAACCGGCCCAGCAAAGAAACCGUGCGCAGCUCCAGUUCGCGCAAUGGCUCCUACGAGCACGUCGAGUCCCAGUCUCGAUCCUAUGAUACCAAAGUACCCAGCAUGCCCACGGCUGCAACCUCGCCAGCUGUCAAAUCUUCGUCGAUUCGACCUUCUCUCCAAACUUCACGGUCUGCAUCUACUGCACAUUCUCAUUCUCGCCCGAAGACCUUGAGUCGUUCGGAGCAGGUGCUUCUGAACAUGGUAGAUGGUGGUUCUCGCGCAACGAAGCUACGAACCACGGAGAAAUACGAUUCCGGAUAUUCUAGCCCGGGAACCCCAGAAAUGCCACCAGGGGAAAGUCCGACCAGAAGAUACAGGAUCGUGACGGAUCCAGAACCAGUGUUGGUAGAGCCGAGCAUGCCGUCACCCCACGCUUCCUCAAGACACGCACGGGGCUACUCACCGCCUCGGCAAGAGCGUUCGGGGACCACCCGUUCCAUGCCAAAACCACCCGUGCGCAGCAGUACUUACGCCUAUCCGUCGGAGUACGCGGCUCGCUACGAGUCCUCAUCUCGACCCAGUGCCUCGAGGCAGUCUUCUUCCCGACCCCUCUAUGGGGAGGUAGAAUACGCUCGUGGCAAGGACCGGGACUAUAAGUAUGCGCGCGAGAUUGGCCCUGAGCAUAUUCCACAUUCCGGUCGCGAUGCCCAUGCCCGGCGCAUGGACGAAUACCCCCAUCCGCCGAUAGGCAGGCGACAAUCCGCUUAUGCUCAAUAAGUCAUUUCUUUUCGCACCUAUCGACGCAACCAAUUCCACUCUACAACAAAUUACCCGCGAGGACUAUCCGAAACACCUGCUAUGAUCUACCUGGAUCUUCUGUGAUAUGAAGACAAUAUCUCGCAAUUGCAUUU